CUGUUGACUAUAUUCCACCUGAAGAUGCAGUUUGCGGAGAGGAAGAGGAGAAGGAAGUCACAGAGCUUUAAACUGGUCACGGAUGAAGAUUUUGACCCUUCAUACAUGAUGAAUUCCAGCUGCAAAGAUGCGAAUGGAGAGACCAAGGAUGCUGCUGUGCCUGAUGUUUGGGUGGGGGACGAGGGGAUGGAGAUCAAGAGGCAAAUCACAGGAAUGAUGAGGCUUCUGAGUGAUAAGACUGGCAGGGUAUAUCAGCGUGUGGGAACAGAGCAGGACAGCUUAACAAAGGAACCCCAGGAAAGGCAUCUGACCUGGGUACAUCAGCCUGCACAUUUAUCUCCUGUAUCAGAGGAACACCAGAGCAACCACUGGAAUUCUGCAGGGGACCCAGCGCCUUCGCCUUCAUCCAUAUCCACCCCCAUCCCCAACGGUCCAGGCUGUGGCCAGUACAGCACCCGCUCCAAAGCCAUGAGGAUCCUCAACAAUACCAAGGAUCUGAUCAAAAUGAAUGAAGUAGUGAACGCAGAUGUAGUCCCUCCUGCUGCGCCAGAAACCCCCUGCUGUAUGUGUAACUGUAAGGGCACCUUGCAGGCUAUUUUGCAGGAACUGCGUGCAAUGAGGAGGCUGAUGCAAACUCAAAAAGCAUCCUUGGAAAGACAGGAACAGACAGCAUCACCGUGCCAACCUCGUCUUGGUCCUGGCCCCGCGCCGCGCUGUAGGCCCCGCAAGAGGAGGCCGAUCUAUAAAGUGACACCAGCGACUGUGUCUAAUACUAGAAGAGCUGCUCUUACCCCCAUGGAAGCCUCACCACUUGCAGAAUCUAGAAAGAGGGAGGAAUGUGAGAAAGGGCAAGACUCAUCUACACCCAACACUCAGCGCAUCCGCUCUGAGGUUUCUGUGCUGCCACCUCAGAACAAUCCAGUAACUGUGAACAACACACACAGUCCUCUCCUGAACCAACUAAGGGAACCUCAGUCGUUAGAGUCUGAGGUGCGUCUUGCAGAGGAUCAUGAUGUGUAUAUCUCAAAGGCUCAGCUAGACUCCAUUCUGGUCAACUAUACACGCUCUGGCAGCCUGCUGUUCCGGAAACUGGUGUGUGCCUUCUUUGAUGAUGCUACCCUGGCUAACUCCUUGCCAAAUGGUAAAAGAAAGAGGGGGCUCAAUGAUAACCGUAAGGGCUUGGACCAGAACAUUGUGGGUGCCAUUAAAGUGUUUACAGAGAAAUACUGCACUGAACACAGAAUAGAGAAGUUGCCUGGGCCACGAGACUGGGUCCAGAUCCUUCAAGAUCAGAUCAAACUUGCCAGGAGGAGGCUGAAACGAGAUGCUGCGGAAGCAGAAGAAGUCUUAAAUGGACCUUCCACAAGCUGUGAAUAUAACAAGCCUGGGUGUGUGGAGGGGACAGUGGUGAACAUGACUGGUUGAUUGUCACAAUGGCCUUACAGCAAAUUUGUUGAUCAUCUUCAUUACUUCUCUAACUUCAUGCAUUUUGCCACUUUAGAUUUCCUUUGCAGUUGUAAUCUGCUCUGUGUUAUGGAUGUAAAGGUGAAAAACAACAGGACCAAAUGAUGAAGAAGCCUGCUUAACUACAUCCACCUCUUUUACGUACACACGCACACACACACACACACACACACACACACACACACACAUAAAAACACUCCACCUGUGGUCCUUAAGACUUUUCAAUGGACACAUACUGGGAUCUGGGAUUUUGUGCCAAUAGACACUGAAUGAUACAGUGGUUAAAAAAUGUCAGGUCAUUUUCAUGUUUAGAAGGGACUGACUGUUUACAUUAUAGGCUACAGCUUUAAAAGCAUACUCGCCUAGUUUUCAUAUGUCAAUAGGCCUACUAGGAAGAGUCACAAGUCUAAACUGAGACAAAAUACUGUAAGAGUAUAGCAUUCAUAUGGGCCUAUUUUGCACAAAUUACUUUUUACGGGAAGCUGUCCAUCGUUGAUUGUGCCUUUUAAGUGACCAGUCAUUCAAUAUGUGUGAUGUGCAGUGCAGCAUCCACCUCAAUGACAAAUACUACAUCCAAAAGUAAACAUCUUAUGUAUUUUGGCGAAUUUGCUAAUUAAAAAUAGGUUGAUACAUCUGGCUGAAGAUAUCAAAAUAUAGAGUGUUCUAUGAAUCGUUGUUUCUUUUCAUUAUUAGAAUGUCUAGGCUAUGCAUACCAGGGCUACUGUUGUUAAUAUUGUGAUGUA